UUCACACACAUUCUGACUGUCCGCGGGAGACCAUGGCUGCUGAAGGGGGAGAAGGCGAGGAUGAAAUCCAGUUCCUUCGGACUGAUGAUGAGGUUGUCCUACAAUGUACAGCCAUGAUCUUCAAGGAGCAACAGAAACUCUGUCUUGCUGCUGAAGGCUUUGGAAACAGACUCUGUUUCCUGGAAUCCACCUCCAACUCCAAGAAUGUGCCUCCAGAUCUCUCCAUCUGCACUUUUGUGUUGGAGCAGUCACUUUCAGUGCGAGCCCUGCAGGAGAUGCUGGCCAACACCGAGGAGAAGGCUGAGGGCGUGAGCAUAUAUAUGCAAGACACACACGAGACACACAUAUAUGCAAGCUUGUUUACGACCCAGGGUGGGGGUCAUCGCACAUUACUCUAUGGCCAUGCUGUCCUGUUACGACACUCCUACAGUGGAAUGUACCUGUGCUGUCUGUCCACCUCCCGCUCAUCCACAGACAAACUGGCCUUUGAUGUGGGACUGCAAGAAGAUACUACAGGUGAGGCAUGCUGGUGGACCAUCCAUCCAGCAUCAAAGCAGCGUUCAGAGGGAGAGAAGGUCAGAGUGGGAGAUGACCUCAUCCUAGUCAGCGUCUCCUCUGAAAGAUAUCUGCAUCUGUCCUAUGGUAAUGGCAGUCUCCAUGUAGACGCAGCUUUCCAGCAGACUCUGUGGAGUGUGGCACCCAUUUGCUCUGGCAGUGAAGUGGCUCAAGGUUUUCUAAUAGGAGGAGAUGUGCUUCGCUUCCUCCAUGGGCACAUGGAUGAGUGUCUGACCGUCCCAUCUGGGGACCAUGGAGAGGAUCAGAGAAGGACGGUGCACUAUGAGGGAGGAGCAGUGUCCAUCCAUGCUAGGUCCCUGUGGAGACUGGAGACAUUACGGGUUGCAUGGAGUGGAAGUCAUAUCCGCUGGAGUCAGCCAUUCAGACUGAGACAUGUGACGACAGGGAAGUAUCUGAGUCUGAUGGAAGACAGAACUCUUCUACUGAUGGACAAAGAGAAGGCUGACGUCAAGUCUACAGCCUUUUGCUUCAGAUCCUCUAAGGAAAAGUUGGACUCUGGCAUGAAAAAGGAGGUGGAUGGGAUGAGUGUUCCUGAUAUUAAAUAUGGCGACUCCGUGUGUUACAUCCAACAUGUUGACACCUGUCUGUGGCUGACAUACCAGGCUGUUGAUGCCAAGUGUGCCCGCAUGGGUGGAGUACAGAGGAAGGCUAUCAUGCACCAUGAGGGUCACAUGGACGAUGGGCUGACACUCUCUCGGUCUCAACAUGAGGAGAGUCGCACUGCCAGAGUUAUCCGUAGUACUGUCUUCCUGUUCAACCGUUUCAUCAGGGGUCUGGACAUGCUCAGCAAAAAGGGAAAGAGCUCUACUCUAGAUCUACCAAUUGAAUCAGUCAGCCAAAAUCUGCAGGAUCUAAUUGGCUACUUCCAACCACCUGACGAUCAUCUGGAACAUGAGGACAAACAGAACCGACUUAGAGCUCUGAAGAGCAGACAGAACCUCUUCCAGGAGGAGGGGAUGAUCAGUCUCGUACUGGAGUGUAUUGAUCGGCUUCAUGUUUACAGCAGUGCAGCACAUUUCGCUGAAGCAGCAGGAAGGGAGGCUGGAGAUGCCUGGAGUUCCAUCCUGAACUCGUUAUACCAGCUACUGGCUGCAUUGAUAAGAGGAAACAGGAAGAACUGUGCCCAGUUUUCCAGUUCAUUGGAUUGGCUGAUUAGCAGGCUGGAAAGACUGGAGGCCUCUUCUGGUAUUCUAGAAGUGCUUCACUGUGUGCUGGUGGAGAGUCCUGAGGCACUAAACAUCAUAAAAGAGGGACACAUAAAAUCCAUUAUUUCUCUGCUGGACAAGCAUGGACGCAACCACAAGGUACUAGAUGUCCUGUGUUCACUGUGUGUGUGUCAUGGUGUAGCCGUGCGCUCUAACCAACACCUGAUCUGUGACAACCUACUGCCUGGCCGAGACUUACUACUGCAAACUCGCCUGGUCAACCAUGUCAGCAGCAUGCGUCCCAACAUCUUCCUGGGUAUCAGUGAUGGCUCUGCACAGUACAGAAAAUGGUACUAUGAGCUACUUGUGGACGAGGCUCUUCCCUUUGUCACAGCGGAGGCCACUCACCUCAGGGUUGGCUGGGCCAGCACCAAUGGAUAUGCACCAUUCCCUGGUGGAGGGGAAGGGUGGGGAGGCAAUGGGGUUGGUGACGAUCUCUAUUCCUAUGGCUUUGAUGGACUUCAUCUCUGGUCAGGUUGUAUUGCACGGACAGUCAGCUCACCUAAUCAGCAUCUGUUGAGGGCGGAGGAUGUAGUGAGUUGCUGCCUGGAUAUGAGCACACCUAGUAUCUCCUUCAGGAUCAAUGGACAGCCGGUUCAGGGCAUGUUCGAGAACUUCAACUGUGAUGGCCUCUUCUUCCCUGUGGCCAGCUUCUCUGCUGGGGUCAAAGUUCGCUUCCUCUUGGGGGGUCGUCAUGGAGAGUUUAAGUUCCUUCCUCCUCCAGGUUAUGCUCCUUGCUAUGAGGCAGUGUUGCCCAGGGAGAAGCUGAGGCUGGAGCCGAGUCAGGAGCAGGCAGCAGCCAGAGACCUGCUUGGGCCCACCAUCACCUUGAGCCAGGCAACAUUCACCCCAACACCUGUAGACACCAGCCAGAUUGUGUUGCCACCCCACUUGGAGAGGAUCAGGGAGAAGCUUGCAGAGAAUAUACAUGAGCUGUGGGUGAUGAACAAGAUAGAGCUGGGCUGGACCUACGGGGCGGUGCGAGAUGAUAACAAGCGGCAGCAUCCCUGUCUGGUGGAGUUCUCUAAGCUUCCAGAACAAGAACGAAGCUAUAACCUCCAGAUGUCCCUGGAAACUCUCAAAACUCUCCUGGCCUUGGGUUGCCAUGUUGGCUUAGCUGAUGAACAUGCUUUGGAGAAGGUCAAGAACAUGAAACUGUCACCAACUUAUGAGUUGUCCAGUGGUUACAAGCCUGCUCCCAUGGACCUGAGCCACAUCAAAUUGGCUUCCACCCAGGAGGCCAUGGUAGACAAACUGGCAGAGAACGCACACAAUGUCUGGGCAAGAGACCGCAUCCGCCAGGGUUGGACCUAUGGCAUCCAACAGGAUGUGAAGAAUCGUCGUAACCCUCGUCUGGUUCCCUAUGCUCUGCUUGAUGAGAGAACGAAGAAGUCCAACAAAGACAGUCUCAGAGAGGCUGUCCGAACCCUGCUAGGGUAUGGAUACAAUCUGGAGGCUCCUGACCAGGACCAUGCAGCUCAAUCUGAUGUCAGCAGUAUGUCUGCAGAGAGGUUCCGCAUAUUUCGGGCAGAGAAAACCUACAGCGUCAAUACUGGGAAAUGGUACUUUGAGCUGGAGGUGUUAACAGCAGGAGAGAUGAGAGUGGGCUGGGCCAAACCAGGCUGUCUACCUGACCAAGAGUUGGGGUCUGAUGAGCAGGCCUUUGUUUUCGAUGGCUUCAAGGCCCAGCGUUGGCACCAGGGCAAUGAGCAUUUUGGGCGGACGUGGCAGGCGGGUGAUGUGGUGGGAUGCAUGGUGGAUCUGAACGAACACACCAUGAUAUUCACACUCAACGGAGAAGUGCUGCUGGAUGACUCUGGCUCCGAGCUCGCUUUCAAGGACUUUGAAGUCAAUGAAGGUUUUGUCCCAGUCUGCAGUCUGGGUGUGUGUCAAGUGGGCAGAAUGAACUUCGGUAAAGAUGUCAGCACACUAAAAUACUUCACCAUCUGUGGCCUGCAGGAAGGCUAUGAACCCUUUGCUGUCAAUAUGAACCGAGACAUCACUAUGUGGCUCAGCAAGAGGCUGCCUCAGUUCAUUACUGUCCCACCCAACCACCCACACAUAGAGGUGACAAGGAUAGAUGGGACGGUGGAGUCAUGUCCAUGCCUGAAGGUCACUCAGAGGUCAUUUGGUUCACAGAACAGCAACACUGAUGUUGCCUUCUACCGACUGAGCAUGCCCAUAGAGUGUGCAGAAUCGUUCUCCAAAUCACAAGCAAAUGGCAGCCUCUUCUCCAAGAACAUAAGAGAACUGGAGGACUUUGAGACCAUGUCAGACUUUGAGGUACUGAUGAAGUCAGCUCAUGGUCACAUUGGCUCCAAUGGACCAGAGAGAGAUGAAUUUAACAACCACAAAGAUUAUAACCAAGAGAAGCCUUCUAAGCUCAAACAGCGGUUUAUGUUGAAGAGAACCAAGCCAGAAAACAGCAGCUCUGCCCCUUCUCGUCUGUCAGAAGUGGUGAUGGCAGAGACAGAUGAAAGAGACGACUAUGAUUUCCUCAUGCAGACCUCUACUUACUACUACUCAGUGCGGAUCUUCCCCGGCCAGGAGCCCAGCAGUGUUUGGGUGGGCUGGGUAACCUCUGACUUCCACCAGUACGACCCAACAUUUGAGCUGCACAAAGUCCGAACUGUAACCGUUACCCUGGGAGAUGAAAAGGGCAAAGUUCACGAAAGUAUAAAGCGUAGUAACUGCUACAUGGUGUGGGCUGGGGAAAGCAGCAGUCCCAGUCAGGGGAGAAACAAUAAUGGCUUGGAGAUUGGCUGUCUGGUUGACACGGCAAAUGGAUUGCUAACCUUCACCGCAAACGGCAAGGAGCUCAGCACAUACUACCAGGUGGAGCCCAGCACUAAGUUAUUCCCUGCAGUAUUUGCUCAGGCCACCAGCCCUAAUGUCUUCCAGUUUGAACUGGGGCGUAUAAAGAAUGUGAUGCCUCUGUCAGCUGGGCUGUUUAAGAGUGAAAGGAAGAACCCAGUUCCUCAGUGUCCUCCACGGCUUCAUGUCCAGUUCCUCACUCCUGUAUUAUGGAGUCGCGUUCCCAAUCACUUCCUCAAGGUGUCAGUAUCAAGAGUUAAUGACAGACAUGGAUGGCUGGUCCAAUGUAAUGAACCAUUGCAGUUCAUGUCUCUUCAUAUACCUGAGGAGAACAGGUCGGUGGAUAUCCUGGAGCUGUCAGAGCAGAAAGAUUUAUUAAAGUUCCACUACCAUACUUUGAGGUUAUACUCUGCCAUCUGCGCUCUGGGAAACAACCGGGUGGCCCAUGCUCUCUGCUCCCACGUGGAUGAGGCACAGCUCCUCCAAGCUAUAGAGAAUAAAUACAUGCCUGGUUUACUACGUACCGGCUACUAUGACCUCCUCAUUGAUAUCCACUUGAGCAGCUACGCCACAGCUCGCCUCAUGAUGAACAAUGAGUACAUUGUUCCUAUGACUGAAGAAACCAAGAGCAUCACUCUCUUCCCUGAUGAGAAGAAGAAACAUGGCCUUCCCGGAAUUGGCCUUAGCACCUCCUUGCGACCCAGAAUGCACUUCUCCUCCCCAAAUUUUGUCUGUGGUAAUGAAUCAUCUGAACGCAACAGUGGGAACAAUGGAUCAGGAUCAGAACACUGUUUCCAGUACAGUCCUGAGUUCCCAUUAGACAUACUGAAAACCAAAACCAUUGAAAUGCUAACAGAAGCAGUCCGUGAGGGGAGCAUGCAUGUGCGUGAUCCAAUAGGUGGCAGCACUGAGUUUCUGUUUGUCCCCCUCAUCAAGCUGUUCUACACAUUGCUAAUCAUGGGAAUUUUCCAAAAUGGAGAUCUGAAGAAUGUCCUUCAGCUGAUUGAGCCAUCUGUGUUUUCUGAAGGAGGGGAGGGACAGGAGGACAUGCACAUGGAGGAGGAGAUUGGGAAGGAAGUGGAGACUGAUAAAGAAGGAGGAGAUGGGGGGGGCAGAGAAGAAGGGGGGGAGCAGGAAGGAGGGAGUAAGAUGCUUAAGGAAGGACUGUUACAGAUGAAGCUACCAGAACCAGUUAAACUUCAGAUGUGUCAUCUGCUGCAGUACCUAUGUGACUGCCAGGUUCGUCAUCGUAUCGAGGCAGUGGUGGCCUUUUCUGAUGAUUUUGUGGCCUGUCUCCAAGAAAACCAGCGCUUCCGCUACAAUGAAGUGAUGCAAGCACUCAACAUGUCUGCUGCACUCACUGCCAAGAAGACCAAAGAGUUCCGAUCACCUCCACAGGAACAGAUCAACAUGCUGCUGAAUUUUAAGGAUGAGAAGCAGGAGUGCCCCUGCCCUGAAUACAUCAGAGAACAACUGCUGGACUUCCAUGAGGAUCUCAUGAUACACUGUGGUAUAGAGAUAGAUGAUGAGAGGUCACUAGAUGCUGACAGUGACUUCACAAUCCGAGGUCGACUCCUCUCAUUGGUUGAGAAGGUGACCUACCUGAAGAGGAAGAUGGCCGACAUACCAAAGAAAAAAAAAUACAAGAAACCCAGUACAUUACAGCAGUUGAUUUCAGAGACAAUGGUUCGCUGGGCUCAAGAGUCAGUUAUUGAGGAUCCUGAGCUUGUCAGAGCAAUGUUUGUUCUGCUGCACCGACAGUAUGAUGGCAUUGGUGGACAGGUUCGGGCUCUCCCUAAGACCUACACUAUAAAUUGUGUGUCAGUGGAGGAUACCAUUAAGCUGCUGGCUGCUUUGGGUCAGAUCAGAUCUCUGCUCAGUGUUCGAAUGGGAAGAGAGGAGGAGAAAUUGAUGAUCAGGGGACUGAGUGAUAUAAUGAACAACAAGGUGUUUUAUCAACAUCCCAAUCUGAUGAGAGCCCUGGGGAUGCAUGAGACUGUCAUGGAGGUCAUGGUCAACGUACUGAGUGGAGGAGAGUCCAAGGAAAUCACCUUUCCUAAGAUGGUGGCCAACUGUUGCCGUUUCCUCUGCUACUUCUGUCGAAUCAGCCGUCAGAACCAGAAAGCCAUGUUUGACCAUCUCAGCUACCUGCUGGAAAACAGUAGCGUUGGUCUUGCAUCUCCAUCCAUGCGAGGCUCUACACCUCUGGAUGUUGCUGCAGCAUCAGUGAUGGAUAAUAAUGAGUUGGCUCUGGCACUGAGAGAGCCAGACCUCGAGAAGGUAGUGCAGUACCUGGCUGGCUGUGGCCUGCAGAGUUGUUCAAUGCUGGUGAGUAAAGGAUACCCCGACAUAGGCUGGAACCCUGUGGAAGGUGAACGCUACCUUGACUUCCUUCGGUUUGCUGUCUUCUGCAACGGUGAAAGUGUUGAGGAGAAUGCCAAUGUCGUGGUGAGACUACUUAUUCGACGACCAGAAUGUUUUGGCCCUGCCCUUCGGGGUGAGGGGGGUAAUGGGUUGUUAUCGGCGAUGGGGGAGGCUAUUAAGAUCUCUGAGGAUCCUUCGAGAGAUGGACCCUCUCCCACCUCUGAGAGCAGCAAGACACUCAGUGACAUGUUGGAGGAAGAGGAAGAUGAUACCAUCCACAUGGGGAAUGCCAUUAUGACCUUCUACGCUGCACUUAUUGACCUGCUGGGCCGCUGUGCACCAGAAAUGCAUUUGAUCCAUGCUGGUAAAGGAGAGGCUAUCCGGAUCAGAGCCAUUCUGAGGUCUCUGAUACCCCUAGAAGAUUUGGAGGGGGUCAUCAGCAUCCCAUUCCCUAUGCCCACCCUUGCUAAGGAUGGGUUGGUGGUAGAGCCAGACAUGUCAGCAGGGUUCUGUCCAGACCAUAAAGCAGCCAUGGUCCUGUUUUUGGACCGGGUUUAUGGUAUUGAGGACCAGAACUUCUUGUUACACCUGUUGGAAGUCGGCUUUCUUCCAGACUUACGAGCUGCCGCCUCCCUGGACACUGCUGCUCUGAGUGCUACUGACAUGGCAUUAGCCCUCAACAGGUAUCUCUGUACAGCAGUGUUGCCUCUACUGACUAAAUGUGCUCCAUUAUUUGCGGGAACGGAGCCAUUCGCCUCGCUGAUAGACUCUCUCCUUCAUACUGUCUACCGGCUGUCGAAAGGCUGCUGCCUCACCAAGGCCCAGCGGGAUGCCAUUGAGGAGUGUCUGCUGGCUGUCUGCAGUAAGCUUAGGCCUUCAAUGAUGCAGCAUCUGCUGAGGAGGCUGGUAUUUGACGUUCCUCUCCUGAAUGAACAUACCAAGAUGCCUCUCAAGCUGUUGACCAAUCACUAUGAGCGCUGUUGGAAAUACUACUGCCUGGCUGGAGGUUGGGGCAGUUUUGGAGCAGCAUCAGAUGAAGAGCUUCACCUCUCCAGGAAACUCUUCUGGGGAAUAUUUGAUGCUCUUUCACACAAGCGGUAUGACCAGGAGCUGUUUAAGUUGGCUUUGCCCUGUUUGAGUGCUGUGGCUGGAGCUCUUCCACCAGACUACAUGGAGUCCAACUAUGUGGCUGUGAUGGAAAAGCAGUCAUCCAUGGACUCGGAUGGAAACUUCACUCCACAACCUGCAGACACUACCAAUGUCACUGUUCCUGAGAAACUGGACUACUUCAUCAACAGAUAUGCAGAACAUUCCCAUGAGAAGUGGUCUAUGGACAAGUUUUCCAGUGGCUGGUCAUAUGGGGAACAGCUGUGUGAAUCAACAAAGAGCCACCCUCUCCUGAAACCAUACAAAGGCCUCUCUGAGAAGGAUAAGGAGGUGUACCGCUGGCCAAUCAGAGAGUCUCUUAAGACCAUGCUGUCAUGGGGCUGGAACAUUGACAGGAUUAGGGAGGGAGACCCUGCCAGCCUCCACAACAAGUCCCGAAGAAUAUCACAGGCUAGCCAGAUGUCUUUCGAAGGACCUCCGGGUUUCAGCCCCAGACCCAUUGACAUGAGCAACGUGACAUUGUCUAGAGACAUGCAUUCUAUGGCUGAGCUGCUUGCAGAGAACUAUCAUAACAUCUGGGCCAAGAAAAAGAAAAUAGAGCUGGAAUCCAAAGGGGGAGGAAACCAUCCCCUAUUGGUACCCUACAAUACUCUGACUGCCAAAGAGAAGUCCAAAGACAGAGAAAAAGCACAAGACAUCCUUAAGUUCCUCCAAAUAAAUGGAUACACUGUGUCCAGAGGGGUGAAGGAGCAGGAGCUGGACACUUCAGCCAUAGAGAAGCGAUUUGCAUAUACCUUCCUCCAGCAGCUCAUCACAUAUGUAGACCAGGCCCAGCAACACAUGAUAGACUUUGAUGUAGGAACAAGACCCAAAGGAGAGAAAAUUCCUCAUGAACAACAGAUCAAAUUCUUCGGAAAGGUUGUCUUGCCACUGGUGGAUCAGUACUUCAAAAACCACAGACUCUACUUCUUGUCUACAGCCAUCCGUCCAAUCAGCAGUGGUGGCCAUGCCUCAAACAAGGAGAAGGAGAUGGUGACAAGUCUUUUCUGCAAACUGGGAGUUCUUGUCAGGCAUAGGAUAUCGUUGUUUGGCAACGAUGCCACAUCCAUAGUCAACUGCCUGCAUAUACUGGGACAAACGCUGGAUGCUAGGACAGUGAUGAAGACCGGUCUUGACUCGGUGAAGGUAGCGUUGAGAUCAUUCUUCAACAGUGCGGCAGAGGACUUGGAGAAAACUAAAGAGAACCUGAAGCUGGGCCAGUUCACCCACAGCAGAAAUCAGCCACGAGGUGUCACACAGAUAAUCAACUACACCACCUUUGCCCUCCUGCCCAUCCUCUCCUCCCUGUUUGAACACAUUGGACAGAACCUGUUUGGAGAAGACCUCAUAUUGGAUGAUGUCCAGGUUUCCUGCUACAGAAUCCUCAACAGCCUCUACUCCCUGGGAACCAGCAAGAGCAUCUAUGUAGAGAGACAGCGUCCCGCAUUAGGCGAGUGUUUAGCUGCCUUCGCUGCAGCCUUCCCUGUUGCCUUCCUAGAGCCUCAACUCAACAAGUUCAACAGCUUCUCCAUCUAUAACAGCAAAGCAACUAAAGACAUGGCUGCUCUAGGUCUUCCAGGCCAGGUUGAGGAGGUUUGUCCUCUGAUCCCAUCCUUGGAGAAGUCUCUUGAGGAGAUCAUGGAGCUGGCAGAGUCUGGCAUGAGGUACACUGAGAUGCCCCACAUCAUGGAGGUAGUGUUGCCAAUGUUGUGCAGUUACAUGUCUCACUGGUGGGAACAUGGACCAGAGAGCAACCCAGACAGAGCUGAUAGCUGCUGUACCUCCCUGACCUCUGACCACAUGAACGCUCUGUUGGGAAACAUUCUGAAGAUCAUCUACAACAACCUGGGGAUAGAUGAGGGAGCCUGGAUGAAAAGGCUGGCUGUCUUCUCUCAGCCUAUCAUCAGCAAGGCCAAACCUCAACUACUGAAGACCCACUUCCUGCCUUUGAUGGAGAAACUUAAAAAAAAGGCGGCAGUUGUGCUUAUGGACGAGGAACAUACUAAGGCAGAGGGGAGGGGUGAGAUGUCAGAGGCAGAGCUUCUGAUCCUGGACCAGUUCACCAUACUGGUCAGGGACCUGUAUGCAUUCUACCCUCUCCUCAUACGAUUUGUUGACUAUAACAGGGCCAAAUGGCUGAAGAAACCCAACUCAGAAGCUGAAGAGCUGUUUCGCAUGGUGGCUGAGGUUUUCAUCUUCUGGGCCAAAAGUCAUAAUUUCAAGAGGGAGGAGCAGAAUUUUGUAGUGCAGAAUGAAAUCAACAACAUGUCCUUUCUCAUUACUGAUACCAAGUCUAAGAUGUCUAAGGGAGUUGUUUCAGACCAGGAGAGGAAGAAGAUGAAGAAGAAGGGAGAUCGAUACUCAAUGCAGACAAGUCUGAUUGUUGCGACUUUAAAGCGCUUGUUACCUGUAGGACUUAAUAUCUGUGUGCCUGGAGACCAAGAGCUGAUCGCAUUGGCCAAGAAUCGUUUCACUCAGAAGGACACAGAAGAUGAAGUUCGGGAGAUCAUCAGGAACAAUCUGCAUUUACAAGGAAAGUUGGAGGACCCAGCUAUUCGGUGGCAGAUGGCGCUGUACAGGGAUCUCCCUAACCGCAGUGAGGACACCUCUGAUCCAGAGAGGACUGUAGAGAGAGUCCUGGACAUUGCUCAUGUCCUGUUCCAUUUAGACCAGGUUGAGCAUCCUCAGCGCAGCAAGAAGGCUGUCUGGCACAAACUGCUUUCCAAACAGAGGAAGAGAGCAGUGGUGGCCUGCUUCAGGAUGGCACCACUGUAUAAUUUGCCCAGGCACCGUGCCGUCAACUUGUUCCUGCAGGGCUAUGAAAAAUCCUGGAUUGAGGCAGAGGAGCAUUACUUUGAAGACAAACUCAUAGAGGACCUGGCUAAACCUGGUGAUGAGGAGCCAUCUGAGGAGGAGGAAGGUGUGAAAUGCAUUGAUCCACUGCGUCAACUCAUUCAGCUGUUCAGUAGAACGGCUCUCACAGAGAAGUGUAAACUGGAUGAGGAUAAUCUUUACAUGGCCUAUGCUGACAUCAUGGCUAAGAGUUGCCAUGAUGAAGAGGAUGAAGAUGGAGAAGAAGUGAAGAGUUUUGAAGAGAAGGAGAUGGAAAAGCAGAAGCUGUUGUACCAGCAGGCUCGCUUGCAUGACCGUGGGGCUGCUGAGAUGGUGCUACAAACUAUCAGUGCUAGCAAAGGUGAGAUGGGUCCCAUGGUGGCCUCUACUCUUAAACUGGGCAUAGCAGUCCUCAAUGGGGGAAAUUCCACUGUGCAACAGAAAAUGCUGGAUUAUCUGAAAGACAAAAAGGAUGUGGGCUUCUUUCAGAGUCUGGCUGGCCUGAUGCAAUCAUGCAGUGUCCUGGAUCUGAAUGCUUUUGAGAGGCAGAACAAAGCUGAAGGACUGGGCAUGGUGACAGAAGAGGGAUCAGGUGAGAAGGUGAUGCAGGAUGAUGAGUUUACCUGUGACCUCUUCCGCUUCCUUCAGCUCCUCUGUGAGGGACACAACUCAGACUUUCAGAACUACUUGAGGACUCAGACAGGGAACAACACAACAGUCAACAUAAUCAUCUCUACUGUUGACUACCUCCUCAGAGUCCAGGAAUCUAUCAGUGAUUUCUACUGGUAUUACUCUGGGAAGGAUGUGAUUGAUGAGCAAGGCCAGAGGAACUUCUCCAAGGCAAUAAAUGUAGCCAAGCAGGUGUUCAACACACUCACUGAGUACAUCCAGGGGCCAUGCACUGGAAACCAGCAGAGUUUGGCCCACAGUCGUCUCUGGGAUGCUGUGGUUGGAUUUCUACAUGUUUUUGCUCACAUGCAGAUGAAAUUGUCUCAGGACUCCAGUCAGAUUGAGUUGCUGAAGGAACUAAUGGAUCUUCAGAAAGACAUGGUGGUCAUGCUGCUGUCCAUGCUAGAGGGGAACGUGGUGAAUGGGACCAUUGGAAAGCAGAUGGUGGACAUGUUGGUGGAGUCCUCCAACAAUGUAGAGAUGAUCCUUAAGUUCUUUGACAUGUUCCUCAAACUCAAAGACCUUACCUCUUCUGACACCUUCAAGGAGUACGACCCUGAUGGAAAAGGUCUCAUCUCCAAGAGGGACUUCCAGAAGGCCAUGGAGAGUCACAAGCACUACACCCAAUCUGAGACUGAGUUCCUGCUCUCCUGUGCAGAGACGGAUGAGAAUGAGCUCCUGGAUUAUGAAGAGUUUGUAGAGCGCUUUCAUGAGCCCGCCAAGGACAUUGGCUUCAAUGUUGCGGUUCUGCUGACCAACCUGUCGGAGCACAUGCCCCAUGACAGCCGGCUGCAGACAUUCCUGGAGCUGGCAGAGAGUGUCCUCAACUAUUUCCAACCCUAUCUGGGCAGGAUUGAGAUCAUGGGCAGUGCCAAACGCAUUGAGAGGGUCUACUUUGAGAUCAGUGAGUCCAGUCGAACACAAUGGGAGAAACCUCAGGUCAAAGAAUCCAAGCGUCAGUUCAUCUUUGAUGUGGUGAACGAAGGAGGGGAGAAGGAGAAGAUGGAGCUGUUUGUCAAUUUCUGUGAAGACACCAUCUUUGAGAUGCAGCUAGCGGCUCAGAUGUCAGACCCUGGUGAGCGCUCAGCGGUGAAAGAGGAGAGUGAACGGGAGAAGCCAGAGGCAGAAAACCCUGAGAUGGGUUUCUUCUCCGUUACCACAGUCUGGACAGCACUAUUUGCUCUCAGACACAAUAUCAUGCUGCUGAUGAAGGUGCUGUCUAUGAAAAGCCUGAAGAAGCAGAUGAAGAAGAUAAAGAAGAUGACAGUAAAAGACAUGGUAACCACCAUGGUUUCCUUCUACUGGUCGGCCCUAGUUGGGCUUCUAUAUGUGGCAUUCAGUGUGGUCCGAGGAUUCUGUCGGAUUAUCUACAGUACUUUCCUGGGAGGCAGUCUGGCUGAGGGGACCAAGACCAUGAAGGUGUCAGACAUACUAGUCAACAUGCCUGACCCUUCCCAGGAAGAGGUCCAAGGAGAGGGGGAGGAUGUAGAGAAAAGAUCAUCUGACCGAACCUCCCUGGAGGAGGACCUGGCUGACUUGGCCAUCAGUACUGAUGAGACAGAGCUGUUGUCCGAUAUUUUUGGCCUGGACUUGAGGAGGGAGGGAGGCCAGUACAAAAUCACCCCCCAUAACCCCAAUGCUAGCCUGACAGAACUGCUCAACUCUCCAGUUCCAUCCCCGACUGCCACAACCCCACCUGUACCCCCCCGACCAGAGCUCAGACGGAGGCACCAAUCAAAGAGCUCUUCUUCAGAGACAAAGGAGACAACAGGGGGGACUGAAUGUGAACGUGAAAAAGCUGAGGGUGAAGAUGGAGAGAAGCAAGAGAAGCUACAGAAGAGAGAGAAGCCCAAGCACAAAGUCAGACAGCAUCAUACCUCCAAAUCAGAUGAACCUGAUCUGCAAGAGUCCGCCUUCUCAAAGAAGAUCAUAGCCUAUCAGAGAAAACUAUUGAACUACUUUGCCAGGAACUUCUACAAUAUGAGGAUGCUGGCUCUAUUUGUUGCCUUCGCCAUCAAUUUCAUCCUCCUCUUCUACAAGGUCUCUACAUCCUCAGCUGUGGUUGAGGAGAGUGAGUUGGUCUACACCAGCAGCCAAACAGACAGCAGUGUUCAGUGGGAUCCCCUGAGUGGAGAGACAGUGGGGGAGAUCAUGGAGGAAGCUGGGAACGCUGAGGAGCCCCUGAAGCCCAUCACUGUCCAUUUUGUAUUGGAGGAGAGCAGUGGAUACAUGGAGCCCACACUCCGCAUUCUGGCCAUUUUGCACACCGUCAUCUCUUUCUUCUGCAUCAUUGGAUACUAUUGUCUAAAGGUGCCAUUGGUGAUCUUUAAGCGAGAGAAAGAGGUGGCAAGGAAGCUGGAGUUUGACGGCCUUUAUAUCACAGAACAACCAUCUGAAGAUGACAUCAAGGGACAAUGGGACAGACUGGUUAUUAACACACAAUCUUUCCCAAACAACUACUGGGAUAAGUUUGUGAAGAGGAAGGUGAUGGAUAAAUACGGUGAGUUUUAUGGCCACGACCGUAUCAGUGAGCUGCUGGGGAUGGACAAAGCUGCUCUGGACUUCAGUGUUGCUCAGGAGAAGAGGAAACCCAAGAGAGAGAACUCACUUGCUACUGUGCUGAACUCCAUUGAUGUCAAGUACCAGAUCUGGAAACUGGGGGUUGUAUUCACAGAUAAUUCCUUCCUGUAUCUAGCCUGGUAUAUGACCAUGUCCAUCCUGGGUCACUAUAACAACUUCUUCUUUGCUGCUCAUCUGCUGGACAUUGCCAUGGGUUUCAAGACGCUACGCACCAUCCUGUCCUCUGUCACACACAACGGCAAACAGUUGGUGUUAACAGUUGGCCUGCUAGCAGUGGUGGUGUACCUCUACACAGUAGUGGCCUUCAAUUUCUUCAGGAAGUUCUACAACAAGAGCGAAGACGGAGAAUCACCAGACAUGAAGUGUGAUGACAUGCUGACAUGCUAUAUGUUUCAUAUGUAUGUAGGUGUGCGAGCAGGGGGUGGCAUUGGUGACCAGAUUGAGGACCCAGCAGGUGACGAGUAUGAGAUCUACCGCAUCAUCUUUGACAUUACCUUCUUCUUCUUUGUAAUUGUUAUCCUGUUGGCCAUCAUUCAGGGCUUGAUCAUUGAUGCUUUCGGGGAGCUAAGAGACCAACAGGAGCAGGUGAAAGAAGACAUGGAGACCAAAUGCUUUAUCUGUGGAAUAGGCAAUGACUAUUUUGACACAGUGCCACACGGUUUUGAAACACACACACUACAGGAGCACAACCUAGCGAACUAUCUAUUCUUUGUGAUGUAUCUCAUCAACAAAGAUGAAACAGAGCACACGGGCCAGGAGUCAUAUGUAUGGAAGAUGUACCAGGAGCGCUGCUGGGAGUUUUUCCCUGCUGGGGACUGUUUCCGGAAACAAUAUGAAGAUCAGCUCAACUGAUCCAUUUGUGGAGCAAAAGACUGCCUAUCUCUUUCAUACUGUAAUGUACUUUCUUCUCCAUAUAACCAGGUCGUCCAUAGCCAUCUCCUCUCGUUCCCAAACAUCCCAAACUAAGCCCCAAGUACAAACCCCAGCCCAAGCUUUAGACUCAAGCCUGAUGCCCAAGACCCUAAGCUCAACCCAGGCACCAGUCAUACCAGAAUUUCGCAAAUCCCAAUUCUAACCUCGAUAUUCCACAUUCCACAGCCCAGGCUCUUCAGCUCAUGUCAGGCAGCUUCAGCUCAUGUCUACAUCCUAGCCAGCUUCAGUUUCACCCCCAGUCAUUGGUCUACCCUUAAUUCUCAUCAUUAAGUAGUACACUUAUCGCUGUCUAGCAAGUCUGAGUUCAUUACCUAGCUUCAGCCCGAUCCCCAGCAGAAACCGCAGCUUCAGAGUCAGUACUCACCACCUCCCCCAGUCUUCUUUCAAACCCCAGUACAGACUCCUGGUCCAGCUCCCCAAUUCAAGCUCCAUUUCUGUUUUAACCUCUCUGGCUCCAGAGCUACAUCUAUAAUCCUGAGCUUUUUCCCUUGCUCCUCCACAUCAGCCCACAGUGACUCCCAACUUCCCGCUUACUUUGUCUGGAAUGCAUCUAAGACUUUGUACAUACAAAUAUCUAUGAUUACAUGCUAUGUAAUGUGUGAUUGAAGGCACAAAGGGUUAUUGGCACAGAUGAUGACUUCUGUGCUUCACCUUAUUCUGCAUUUGCUUUAAAUUCACUGACAAGCAAAAAAUAGAUGGAAUGAAGGAAUGAGGGGAAGCUUGAGGGAUGUAAGGACUGAGAGGACAGAGAAAACAGAGGAAGGCAUGUGGGAAAGAAAAAGAAGAGAAGAAGAGAAAGUGAACACCACCUCCUUAAAUGUAGAAGACUGAGUCUUCAGGACAGUGAUUUGACGAGACAAUUUUAGGAAGACAAUGACAGCAAUGAUGAUGACGAUGACUAAGUUAAGAUGAAUUUCUUUGAUUUUUGGACUGAACUAUAUGUUGUGCACACUGCAUGUUGCAUGUAGACACAUGCCCAUACUUUGUGAAGGAUUGAUAACUAUACGUUCACACUGCUAGCAACAUAAUAAACAAGUCAGUGGGAGACUAUCAAUGUCCGAUAGAACUGAGCAACCAGGGAAACAAUCCAUUUGUGGACAGUCUGCCAGUUUGUCAGUCAUGAAGAAUUGGCAAUUGAACACUUUUCUUGGUUAUCGGCUAACAGCAGCCAGUCAAAUCCAUACUUCCUUCUUCCCAUUUUUUGGGGGAUUUUACUUCAUGAGCAGUAGCUCUGUCUGCUCAGUGUGGAUGAGAACUUGAUUACAACUAUUUAAAACUUGUCUGUUCUUUAUAUCUUGUAUUUGAAAGUAUUAACAUCUCGUAAUUGAUGGCUGUAGAAAGAUGACAUCCAUCGUUGGUGCUGAUCAUAAGUCCUCAAUGUCUUUUUUAUUUAAAGCAAACCAUAAUUAGUGGUCACUACCUUAGAUACACUACACUGACUCUGAAAAAAUGUUGUUACACCAUGAAAUGCUAUACCAAAGCAGAAAAUAAUGUGAACCAUGGAUUUACUGUAGAUCAGAUGUUUUCAAACUUUUUCAUUGUCUGGACCCCCAAGUCCGCUUUAAAAAAAAAAAAAGCUCUCUCUUAUAUAUAUUUUGUUUUAGUUUGUGAAUGCCUCUCACAAGCA